AUGGCACAGGCAGAAGAUUCAGGGGAUGCUGGUCCCUAUGAAGAUACCCAGAGUGACAUGAGUCCUCCAGCCCUUCAGCCCUCAGAAUCUCCUGCUGAUAAUGGAGAGCUGCUGACUGGAGGAACAGAAGACUUGAUCCAUCCAGCCUGGGUGCACUUGGAGAAGCAGACAGUGCUGCUGAAGGUCUUCAGCCCUCCCUGGGUGCUGGCACUGGGGUCCUUCCUGCUGCCGGAGGAGGGGCAAGUGAAGGAGCUGGUGAUGGAGGGUCCGCAGGACAGUCCCAGACUCCUACUGGAAUGGAACCAGCUGGUUCAGAAAGCCUUGAUGGAAAAACGGGAGAGAGGAAAUUCUGCAGAGGGGGUGUCUGCCAGCCCUGGGCUUUCGGCACCUCCACCAGGAGUGCCGGCAGCUGCCCCAACCUUGCUGCCCAGUCCCGCAGUUCCAGCUGUGCCCCUCUAUGGGUAUGGAGCAAGGGAAAAUGAUCAGGAGUACGUGGAAAGGAGAGUGGAUUUUAAUUCUCCACUUUUCAAGCCCGAGACUGGAUUCCCAUUUGGGAAAACCCUGCACAGCUCUCUCUACUUCACAGACAAUGGACAGAUCAUUUUCCCAGCCUCGGACAACAACAUCCUCACGUACCCCAACCCUCCUCCCAGUGGCUUCAAUGGCCACGAAGAGGUCCCCAUGAUCGCUGUAUUCUGGGACAACGCUGACUUCUCCAGAGGUGUUGGCACCACCUUUUACCAGGAGUUCUCCACCCUCAACACGGCCAAGCCUCCAUUCGUCCGUGACGUGGAAGCGAAGGUCCGGCGGUACCUGAGGUCCUCCUACUCUGCAGCCUGGACCCUGAAAAUCACCUGGGAGAAGGCACCUGUCUACACAGCACGGACCGACACCCGGAAGACUAUCACGUACCAGGCUGUCCUGACCACUGAUGGCUUCAGGUCCUACAUCCUGAUGCUGUUCCAGGAUGGAGGCAUGCAGUGGGAUUACACCAGGCUCCCUUCCACCAACGUGCUCAUCGGCUACACCAGUGGAGAUGGCUUUUACCACAACGAUGACCUGACUAAGAGACCUCCAGCUGCUAAAUAUCGCCCUGACCAGUUCAGGGGCUACAACACAGACCUCCGUGGGUUGUGGAUUUACAAGCUGGAGAGCCGCGUGGGCAACAACUACCGGCUGAAGUGCCUGGCGUGGACGGGGCAGCAGCAGGAGCCCCGGGCAUGGAGCCAGGGCCUGCCCACCUGCCCCUGCUCCCUGCAGCAAGGGCAGCAGGACCCACGCUUCAAGAGCAGCCGUGGAGGCAAGUGGGGUGCUCGUGUCUCCAUGCUGCACUCGGCCUCCCCCAACCAGCACGGCGCCGGCGUCCGCUGCCUGUACGACAGCCGGAGCCAGCUCAUCGAGGGGCGGCAGGAGAGGUACUGGAGGUCCUCCAGGCAGGCGUCACCCUACCGUGACCAGGAGCUGAAGCUGUAUGACUGGUGCUGUAACCGGGCGGGCAGUGCCCACCUCUGCGCCCGCUACAGUGAGAAGAGGCCGAAGAUUGGCUGUGAUGGAUACCAGUCACCCAGCAUGGAUUCCUUGGAGGAGGCAGAGAAUGACUCAGAUGAGCAGAUAGAUGGAGAGGACAAGUAACUGGGAGGUUGCACACCUGCAGCACGUUCUGGGCCAUGGCUGAUCCUCCAAGCCCUUUGAUCUGCUCUUCCCCCCUGUUCCCCCACAAAGCCCAUCACCCCUGCCCACCACGCAGGGCAGCUCACUU